AUGGCGCUCUCCUCUCAGUGGGCCCAGUCUGUUGUUGUGCGGUCAGAUGACGGAAAGAUUUUCCAUCCGAAGCAGGUAUCUUCAGCCGCCUACACUUACGCGGCUGUGGGUCGUCCCAUCAUUGUGCGUCCUCGUGAUCCACGCGUCUUCACCGCGACCUCGUCAAGUGAUUGGCGGGAAUCCGGGGGACUAGAAGGAGAAGGAGAAGAAAAGGGCGGAGGUAAUGUGCAUGCCGCCGCCGGAGGUGGUGGUCGCGCCUCUUUUUUGUCAUCGCUUGUCGCUGCAAAUGACGUGGCUGGGACGUUUUGGAUUCCCGAUCCAAAAAGAAACGAGGUGGGCCUGUUGGAGGCCAUACAUCGCCGUACGGCGGCUAAUCGCACGCAUGUAUUACUUCACAGCCGGCCCCUGCCGGAACUGCAGUUUAAUUUCUCCACAUGCCAGGGCGAUAACAUCGAUCUCUCCCACGACGUGUUCCGUCUCUCAAAGACAUCCAUGGCGCUUCUGCAGAUGGAACGCAAUUUGGCUGACAGGGAGGAGAUCAUCGUACGAUCGGACGCCGAUGCCGGUGGGAAUGGAAAAUUCGGCCGCAUGGAUAGCGAUGGUCGGAGACACACACAUGCCCCAACCAGUUCUUCGACCAGCAUAUCCGGCAAAACCUUCAAGGAUCAGCUGCGGCACGGUCUGCGCGCUAUUCACGAAGAAGAGUAUUAUCUUGUGCGAUACCGCGACUACAGUGCCUGGGGCGUGCAGUAUUACGGCGACAUUGCAAAGAGGGAUCACUUUUGGGGAAAAAAGUAUGUGGAACAGUGCUUUGCGGUGCACGUUGGCAAGGAACCAGGGGAAUUGAUUCCCAUUACAGAGGCACAGUUCUUGUUCGGUGUGGAGUUGCUGCAGCGAAAGCUGCUUGAGCAAGUUGGCAUAGGUGUCACUAUGGAUAUCAACUACCUGGCACUGAGCAAGGACCAGUUCCGCUCACUAGGAGUUCUUUUGGGUGAUGGAAUGCGAGACGUGGGCGUCGAAGGCGAAGAACUCCGCCGUCGCCAAGAGGCGGAGAAGGAAGAAGAGGAAAAACGUCGUAGGGCAAAUUUGCAUUCGGAUGCGUAUGAACCGCCGAGUAUGUUGGACUGGAGUCCAUCCGCGAUAAAGAAGCGCCUUGACCACCAGCUGCGGCGGCAAUACCAGGCACUUGGCCGCCUCGUUGUGCGUGGUGCUGUGCUCGGUGUGGGCGUGUACGUGGUGUGGUCGUACGUCAAGCGCGCCCUUCCAAGUGAUGCUGGCGGUGUAAACAGUCGGGGCCAACGAAGGAACCGUUUGGGCGGGCGGGAUGGCUACCGCGGGGACGACGUCACCUUUGCACCGAAGGGCUUCCUGCGUAGUGUUGUAUUGGGCCCGAAGGAGGUGUUCGACUAUCUUCUUGCACCCACUCCCGGCAACUGA